AUCCUCCGACUCCGUCCUCUUCACAAUGAACGCGACCAAGAUUCUCCAGCAGGGUCGCCAGCCCAUGAUCCGCUUCCUGGGCAAGCGCACCAUCCCGACCAAGGUGGACCACACUCCCCACGCACACCCAGCCGCCCCCACCGACGCGCUCCCAGAGUCUUUCGCAUCCUACCGCAAGAAGGCACAGCAGCACGGCCCCCUGAACCCCGGCCUGAGCAGCAACUACUCAUCCAUCGUCGGCGGCCACAUUGGCGGUGCUCCCGGCACUUCGCUUGGUCGUGUCGAGGCCGGCAAAGGCGAAUACUUUGACCGCUCCGAGCUCCCCGCCCGCUUUCAACGGCUGUCAUGGACGCCAGCGGAGAUCGAGGCAGUCGAGUCUGGCGGUGCCAGCAUGUUUGCAUGAACAAUUGAAGAGCAUGAGCUAUGACGACUGGACCGAGAUUAGAUUGCUGUACAAAUACAAGCGCCAGGAAGCGAUGUCAAGAUUACGAGCGGGAGAUGACGGUACUGUCAGAGACUGGAUUUGAACUGGUUCAACAAAAGCGAGGUUGAUAGGCGCUACUUUCUUUGUAUACCCUUGAGAGACGAGAAGUGGUAGGAGUCCAUUGCGCACCGUCGGCUGGCGGUGGAGAUUCCAAGGAAGGAGCUUCAACGGCGACACGAAUAGGAUUUAAUUUCACCUAUAGGAAAUUCAUCAUUACUAUACGAAAUG